AUGGCGACCCAGCGCAAACACUCUCGUGGCACCAAGCUGAAAGUUCCUCGUGGGAUAAUGCAAGUUAAACCACAAGCCAGCACUAGCAUGGAUGGCUCAGAUGCAAGUGGUCGUUGCACACGCUUCAAGUCUGUGGCGGCUAUCAUGAAGGAGACUGAGGAAGGCUUAAAAACGCAUAGGGAGAUGUUAUUGUCUCUACCUGCCGAAACAUGCUCUGCCCUGAGCAGCAUCUCACAAGGCUGUGCAGGCGCAGAGCCAGACGAUGACAUUGGUGUUGAUACCGUGUUCAAAAACCCCCUCGCUUUCUUUGACGACCUUCCUCCCGACAUCUCCCAUGAAGGUGGGGAGAUUAAUGAUGUGGUUCAAAGCGCACUAGGAAUGUCUUCACGCUCCAGUAGGAAGGGUGCACAGUCCCGUCGUCAGAGACUCGAGAGGCUGGAUGCCCAUUGGCAUAUGCAAAUGCCUGAACUCGUGGAGUCGUACUUACGAUGGAAACAUGGACCCAUGGAUCCAGUCCUACCCAAACACUCACAAAACCAUCAUGAAUUCCAUGUCACUGCAGUUCGAAUCUUUGAUCGUGAACUUGCUACCAUUCAUCAACGCCCCAAUGAGCCGGCCAAUGUAUCACUACUCAGAAAUGGACUCCUUGGCUGCUCGCCUGUUGAGCCUUCAGUUGCGAUUGAUAUCCGCGCCCUGGAGCUUUACUAUCGACUACGUCGCCGACAUUCGCCGCUCAGUAUCCAAGCUAUGGCGAAAGCCUUAUGUGAUUUACAGAAUGUCAAUUACCACACAUGUUACAGGGACCAAUUUUCAAUCGCCUUUGAUGCCUUCCUUUCAAUCCUUCGCCACAUGCGGCAGAGGUUAGAUCACGUACUCGGGCGUGAUGACCCGAACUGGAGAGCUAGCCACAUGUGCCCUUGCUGCACCUACAAGCUCCAAGAUGAUCCCUCACUAGCUCUUAAUAUUCUUGUGGCCCAGGAUGGCAACAAUUCGCUGAAGCGAGUAGCAAGUGUCGCAAAUGCCAAUAACCGCCAGUUUCAUAGUUCAUACUUUCUCUCACACCAUGAUGUUGAUGUGUUCAAAAAUGAAGUCAAGCAUCGUCAACAUGCGCCAGCGGAUGAUUUGGGGGAUACUACAAUGCAGACUGUCAAUUCUGAGGGACUCCUUAGCUCGUGCCUGCAAUGGAAAAGCAGUUCACCUGAACACCAAAAGACAGCGCUUGAUAUCUACGAAACGACUGGCAUCUUCGCAUCAGCAUGCCAGCAUGGAUCCAUCAUCAAAGUGUGCGAGAUGGUGAGAAGCGGUGAACUUGCGAAGUACCCACUCGCAAUCACUAACUACAUGUUGGAUACCUACGGUGAUGAUAUUGGGAUAGGCUAUGACAUCGGCUGCACAUUCGGUCAAAUAAUUUGUAAUAGCCCCCUUAUCAGCGCGAAGGCUGAAGCUUCUCAACUUCACAACAUCAUCCACUUUACCAACAAGGCUUCGGACUUGAAGAUCUGGAAACUAUGGAGCGGGUAUUCUCAUCUUCAAAUUCAGUCUCGUGCUCUGUUCUGGGAUGAUGAUAAGUACCAGGAGCUUAGUAAAUUCAUUCUCAACAACUACCGGCAAGCAUUGACCAUCAUCAGCGAGUAUGGCAGUGCUGUCAAGAGCUUCGUGAUCACACUUGACAUCAGUGAGGAUGAGUUUGAGAAGUGGCUCGUUGCCGAACGUGAUUAUCUCAUGAACCUCAGUGACGAACUGGAAGAGCGCAUACUAGCAUGUGCCUAUGUCCAGGCAUUAAUUGACCUUCAAACUGCAGAUGCAAAAUGGCACGGUGUUUCAGAAGCUUUCAGGAACUCGAUGUCUUCUCAGUGCAUCAACUAUACUGCAGAUGUUCAUGAGAUGCUCAAACUGGAGACCGCUCGCCAAGCAAGCAUGGAUAUCCUUCUUGUCAACAUUCGCACAGAGAUGCUUGCAUACAUGAAGACCAAUAAAUUUCAGCGUGCAGUAGACGAGCUACAGCAACUAGUCGUGCAACGGCUGUUUGAACUUUCCAAGGCCAAUAUGGCGGGUACAGGAUACAAGCUUCACCAGCAAAUCAGCAAAGCAAUCAAAACUCGAGGGAAGGCCGUUCGUUCUGCAUUAGACAACUAUAAUGACCUUGCAGCUUGCAUGACGCCCCUGGCUCCCCAUCUCGAGUGGGGCAAUAUCCUUGAUUAUGCUUUCAUAUCCAACUUCAAACUUCUCAAACACGCUUACUCUCAGCAGGACAUCACAAGGGAACCCUGGACCAUCCCUGGCAAUCGUGAGAUCAUGGUGAAAUACUUCAAAGUCAAACGUGCUCGCGAGGAGUUAGAGAGAUUGAAUGUGGAGAUUCGACGCCUUCGCACUUUCAUUGUUGAUGAGCAUGGAUUAAUGCACGCUCAGCUUCAUCACUUACAUGGCAGUGACCCAUACCUGGCGGCAGAACUCGAAGAAGUAUGUCAUAGACGCCAUUGGGUAGAUGCUGUUCGUCUCCUCCGACUUGACGAUAUCGAGUCAUUACCAAGUUUCACAGGGACCCGUACCUCGCGAGGCGAGACUAACAUUGUUUUGGUACCACAAGAGCUUGAUAGCGCAGAGGGUAUGGAGGAUCUUAUUGAAGAUGACGCUGUCCAAGAUGAAAUGAUUCGCCUUGGGGAGUUUUUUGAGAAUCUUAGCGUUGAAUAG